GCUUUCCCAGAUUGCACCACAGCCUGUAAUGUACGACGCUGGUGAGCUAUUGUUAGCGUGACGUCAGCGUUGCACAUCCGUGCCUGGGGUAGAAUCGGACUUUCUUUAUCAUCACUCAAGAUAUCGAUGCACAGCUGACAGAGAUAAGGUGGGUUACUCAACAUACACUUUGUUAAAUAUGUGUCGCCUGAUACACAUCAAGCCUCAGUUAUGGAGAGGACUCACCGACACAAGCACCACACUCUGGUUUUAUUUGGUCAGAUAUCAGCAUGAUUCGGAUUCACACACACACACACAUGUGGCCAAGUCAUGUUUUAAGUAUUUGUACAUAUAAGUUAAAUAUUUUAGAUGUUUCAUUUUAGCUUUAAACUUUACAUACAGUACCCUAAAAACAAACCUUUAGAGUUAUACAAGCCCUCAAUACAAUAAGCCUAUCCCUGCACCCUGCAUUUAACAAUAGCCACCUCACUGGGUCAGGCCAGGUUCUGACCCAUGCGUAUGCACACUGCACAAGUUUCUUUUGUCUGUCUGCUUUAGUGUCUCUGGUCAGCUUACUAUCUAUUGUGUAUGUAGUUUUAAAGGUUUCUGUCUGGCAUAUCCUGUUGGCAGUUGUACACAUUUUUUCAAGGAGGUCACUUGGAUUGAUAUUUGAUCGUUUUCCUUAAUAUCAGCCCCUUGCUGAUUGUGGAUGUGGAAUAUUGGGCAUUUAUGGAACCCGAUAUUUGUGUAUUGAGGAUUUCAUUAUCCAGAAUGAUGUGACGGUAAACAACUUUGAACGUUGCUGCGAACCACUGAGUUAAGCUCAUUGCCACACAGUGCGUGGGCUUUCCCAGAUUGCACCACAGCCUGUAAUGUACGACGCUGGUGAGCUAUUGUUAGCGUGACGUCAGCGUUGCACAUCCGUGCCUGGGGUAGAAUCGGACUUUCUUUAUCAUCACUCAAGAUAUCGAUGCACAGCUGACAGAGAUAAGCACCAUGGACAGAGGCUCCGUCCAGAACCUAGCUGCUGAAAUACUGCGAUGCAUUCAGGAUGAGGAACGGAAGAAGCAGGAGGUGAUGGACGCUCUGAAGCACCUAGCAGAUGAACUGGAUGUCAAGCAACGAGACAUGAACAUCGCCAAGACUGCCUUCGCAUCCGGUGGGAUCGCAGCUACAGGCUUAACUGUAGCAGGAAUAGCAGCGGCCCCCUUCACCUUUGGAGCAUCCCUAGGGAUGACCAUCGCGGGCGUUGCUCUUGGUGUGUCUAGUGGUCUUGGUGGACUGGCGACAACCAUUGCUGACAAGAUCAUCAACAGCAAGACGAUGACAGAAGCUCAAGCCAAGAUUGACUAUCAGAAAACUGUGACAGACUUGGCCAGCCUCCUUAAGAGUGUGAAUUCCAAUAACAGCCAUGAACUUCGCAAUAGGAUCACUGAAGAAAUCAACAGCCUGGGAGAAAGUGAGAGUCGGGUGACCCUGGAACUGAUCCUCAGUGGGCUGAAGACAGCAGCAGAGGCGGGCGGAUCUGCUGCCAGGACAACAGCUGUUGCAGGGGCAGUCGCAGCUCGGACCACGUUGGCAGUGGGGAAGACAAUGAUGGACGUGAUGGAGACGGGAGCCAAGGCUAUGAAGAUCGGAGGGGUUGUGCUGUCGGUGUUGACUGUGCCACUGGAUCUGCACACUAUGAUCUCCAACAGCAUAAAGAUCCAUAAGAAGACGCCGUCGGAAACUGCAGAGGAGAUCCGAAAUAUGGCAACACAUUUAGAGAAACUAAAUGCUAAAAUUCGCCGACAACGCGUGAUACAGAUAGUAGAAAAAGUACCUGCUGACGUAACUGAACUUGCCAGGAAGUAUGAUACGUCCAACUGCCUUCCUACAUUGCUCAAGCUGUUGUGUAUCUGUGUGCAGGUCUCCGCCAUUGUGUUCGUUAUAAUACUUCGACUGAUGUGUGUUUUCGUGGAUGUUUGGUUUUCAACCUCUGCCCUCUUGAAAUUAUUCACAGCAACUGUAGUUUUGUGUGGACUAGUUAUUCUUGUGUUAGAAAUGUACUUGAUUAUUUCAGAUAACUCCAUUUGGGAUGAUGUGGGGUCGAAACUUGACAAAUUUGUGAAUUCAAUCAAGUAUGUCACCCGCAUGGAUGAAAAUGAGUCUCUUCGAGCUGAAGUGCGUUCUCUUCAUUGUACAAUUCAACACAAGAUCCAUGCUGGGGAGUAUAUGAAAUCUAGCAACAGUGAAUUUAUAUUGAUUGCGGUAACAUUGAUUCUAAAUGUCGCCCUGUUUCUGCAUUGCUGGCAUGAAGAGGCUACAGAAACUGCAGUCUUGAAUGUAGAAGCAUCUGCCCAUUCUCUGGCAGUCUACACCAAUAACCAUUCUCUGGCAGUCUACACCAAUAACCAUCAUAUGGUUGGACUCGGUGGACUGAUGUUUGGUGUUCUCUCUUUACCAAUAUCACUGUUUCUCCUGCAAUCCUUGAGUUCAACAGUUCGUGGCCUUAAGAAAUCAAAAGUGGCUGAGGCUUUGAAGAAUCUUGGGGAGGAUUCAGAUAUCGUUUUCACGAACUUCUCGUCGGAGAGGGAUGGUUGGAUCAUAGGUGAAAUCCUCCCAUAUGUACCAUGCUUGCCUAAACUAGACAUCAUAUCGAGUGUCACCCAUUUAACAGCUAGAUCACAUCGUCAGACUCUACACAGUGAGACGUUCUUUGUCCAGACAGACCUUCAGGUGAAAUCGUCUGGAUAAACAAAUCAUGAGUUUGUUGGGGACAUCCCCACCAGGAAUCAAGCUGUUUAAGAUGUGUCCCACAGACUGUUUCAUUGUGUAAUCCCCACCCCUUAAUGUUCAUCCUACUUCAAUCAUGUUCUCCUCAUUUGUUCCUGUUUUAUCCUACAAUGGAUUCUGCUGAUAGCAGAUAUUGGUAUUAUUAUGGAAUGGAUUAUGUCGCUUUUAUUUAAGAAAUAAACGAAGAAUGGGGGUUGUUCAUCGUACAAUAAAACAUUGCAGGGAGAAUAAACCAUGAGAUGCGAAGUUCCGAGUGGUUUAUUCUCACUGCAGUUUUUUUUUAUUUAACGGUAAACAACGACCACGAGUCCUUUAUUUUUAUAUGAGAUAUUAACAUUAUGUACAUAACUAUCAUAAGUUUUGUCUUUCCCGCAUAUUCUUACAAUCCCCACGUCCAUUAUCUGUACCUUUUCUCCUUAUAGUGAUUGUCAUACUGCUGGUACUUCUUUGAUGUGAUCUUUUAGCCACUGCGUUUAUCUGUGCUGCCCAGUCCAAUUUACGACGUCAUUAGGUUGCGAGUGCAUGAUAAUGAUGAUGGGUUAUUCAGUGUAUACAGAUAACGCUGAAUAAUAAUAUACAGCAGUCGGAUAUUACACUUAAUUUAUCUUUGUAACACACAAGUUUGUUUUGAGCUUUUUUAUAGCAUACUUAAAGGGGCACUGAUCUAAAGCAAUUCCCCGGGACUGGUUGUUGCCUUUGUUAUUGUUUAUUCGUGAGUACCCGUGAGUACCCGGAUGAUAUAGCAGAAAUCUAGACAAGUACUCGAACUGUGCUGCGCCAUUCGUAAGCGCAUUUUUGUCGCCUUUAUUGAUAGGGUAAGAGCGUAUUGUCAUAUUGAUCAACAAACUGAAAUACGGUUUAGUCUUGGAAAUAAUAACGACAUGUUGAUUUUUGCAAAGGUGAUGGUGACAAAAUUUUGAUAAGUCACUUUCUUGGUAUUGUGCGAUUUUCGUUUACACUAUUUUGAAAAUAUUUCACCUGUGCAUUGCUUUUUUGUGUAUAUUUUAUAGUCAAAAUGUGUAACAAUUUCACUUAGGCAAUUUAUUAAACGCCUAAAUAUUCAGUUAUUUUACAAACUGACUGAACAAUCUGUCCCGUUCUGUUAUUAUGAUCACGAAUUCCAAACAUUUUUAUACUUUACUUUCAUCACCCAGUGACUGAAAAUGAUAGGAUUAAAAGCAAUCGAAAUUCAAAGAACAUUUCUAUAGUUUUGGUCUUGUCCUACCAUAAUUAGUCUAUUGAUGUUUUAAGCCCAUUUCAACCUCUUAAUAAUUGUUAAACAAUCAGUUAAAUAAAUGGACAGAUGUUUCAGUCAAUUUGGAAGUUACUGAAAUAUUCAGACAUUUUAUAGAAUCACAUUUUCACAUUGACUGUAACAAAUACAAGCCUCCAACGAAAAGGCUUGUGAAAACAGCGUCUGUCUCCCAUCGAAGAACUUCCCAACGAAAACGUUGAGGAGCAAAUAUGAUUCUAUUCAAUGCAAUGGCAAAUGAUUAAAAACAUAUGCAAAUAUCAUAAUUACAACCUACCAAUGUUAAAUGCAUAAAUUUAGGCAGCUACCUUGUUUGAGGAAUGUAUCCGUGAAUAUCCACAUUAAGGAACAAUAUCCCAUACGUCUGGAACUGUACAAAUAACUUUAUUCGAUGUCACGUGUCUGUGUUACAAUCAAAUAUUUUAAAUAUAUAUAGCUUUUCGGGAUAUUAUAACCGGUGUUCGUUUCCCAACUGAUCACUUAGUUUGUUUGCAGUGUUUCAUAUAGAU